AUGAAUCAUUCUUCCAGUGUUAUAAUUGUAUUUCGUGUGGGCUGCUGUCUGGCGCUGUUUGUAUUCUGCGGGCUCAUCACAGGCUGCUAUUGCUGCUGUUGCCUCUGCUGUUGCUGUAACUGCUGCUGUGGAAAGUGUAAACCGAAACCCCCCGAAGGCGAAGAGCAGGAAUAUUAUGUCUCCCCUGAAGACUUGGAGGCGCAGCUACAGUCGGAUGAAAGGGAGGCCGCAGAUACGCCCAUCGUCAUACAGCCAGCCUCUGCGACAGAGACGACCCAACUCACAGCGGACUCCCACCCCAAGUACCAUACCGAUGGGUUCAACUAAAUUAAAGGAAGCACUGUUAACUUUAAGGGGAAGGGGGGGAAAAGAGAAAGAAAGCUAAGACAUAAAUAAUACGGCCAACCCAGCACUAGAAUCAUGGACAUUAGAAAUAGAAUACAGGGAGGAGAAAGGUUCCGCUGCAAUUAAGAGGGCAAAUCUCCAACCUGCCGAGAAUAUUUUAUAACCCCUUCUUCGCCUUUUUGUCACCUUCAGUGUCGUAUCUUGAUGAUACAUGGAAGUACUGUAGCAUGCAGUAUUUAAAGCAGUUUAGCAUUUGGUCUUAUUUUGGUUUCCUUCUCCUUCCUCCUCCUCCUCCUCCUCCCCCCCCCUCCUCUUCCUCCUAAUUUUUUUUUUUUUGAACUAGCAUGCGUGGAGUUUACGUUCUAAAUGUCUUUGUGUUGUAACGUAUUGAGGAGUUUUCACGACGAGUGUGACGGAUACAUUCUGCAUUUUUAAGCAGCGUUACCAGCCAAAAGAAACGUACGGAACGAGCAUUUUUCAAAGGGAGGUUAAAAUCGGCCGCGGAAGCCGCUGUACUAGCGUACGGCUGAGCGCCCAGCAGCUCUCUGAAGGGUGCUUUUCAUCCCGUUGGUUAGCAACUAAGACUCCCAGCCUGUUCGCACCUGCAGGAUCGUUUUCAACGCCGCAACAAGUUCGCUUUGAAAAAUGCUGACGCCAGGAGGAAGGGAUUUUAAAAGAAAAAAAAUCCUUGGUUUUGAAACCCUUCCUUUGCGCGUCCGUUUCUUCUUCAGACAAUAAUCCAACAGCUACUUUCUAGUUAGACUUUCUUGUGUAGGAGAGGGCCAAAUUGUAGGUUUUGUGGCAAAACCGGAUGUUACUUGAAUUAUAUCUCUGCUUUUUAAAAUGUGCGCACUAUAUAUUUUUUUUGUUCGAAUUUAAUCAUUCCCCCCGCACUAUUUAUAAUUGAAUAUUGCCAUUUUUUUUACUUGUGCAUGAACAUGGACAAACUGAAACAGAUGUGUGUUCUCAUUGUCUAGUUUGAAUGAAGUCGAAGCGAAUAAAUAGUCCAGAGCAAAUUGUAGAUUUCUGUUCUUUGACUAUUCCAGGAUGUAUCCUAUUUUGAUAUUGUUACGAAGCAGCUGUUUUGUGUUAAAUGAAAGCGUGAGGCCUCUCUGCACAUUGUGCUGACUCCUGUGGAUCUCUUCAACUAACAGCGGUGGCUUCCUCUAGCGUAAAUAGCCUUUGGACACAAGUGGUCUCUUUGACCAAGGGAGGUUGCUUCUGUUAGCUGAACGGAUCUCCAAGAUUCAACUCUGUAUAUUUUAGGAUUUAAAAAAAAUCUAAUCUCUAAAGUGCAACAAAUGUGUUCCAUGGGCAUACUGAUAGGGGAACCGGGGUUAUCUGCAGGUCCCUGAGUAUAGUCCCCAUGGCUAACUUUGGUUUGCUGUCUUGUACCUUGGGAAACACCCAUUACCUGAUUGUAAUCCAAUAGAACCAGAUUGAAACCGCCUCCCCUUUCCCCAGUUCUCUUGUUGGAUUCAUGCAGCUGCUAAGAGCAUUCUCUGCUUUUGUUCCCCUGUUGCAGAACAGGAACAUUCAGAGUCCAGGGGUCUGCAACCUGCGGCUCUCCAGAUGUUCAUGGACUACAAUUCCCAUCAGCCCCUACCACCAUGGCCAAUUGGCCAUGGUGGCAGGGGCUGAUGGGAAUUGUAGUCCAUGAACAUCUGGAGAGCCGCCAGUUGCAGACCCCUGAUUCAGACCAACAGCAUGCGGUAUUUUGAUCAUCCAAAGCAUCGCACGGCUGAUGAAUGAAUUAGUCACUCAGUAGCUCAAAAGCAUAAGCACUUCUGUAUUCUCUUAUCUGUCUAGUAGUGUAACGUUUCGGACGCAGUCUUCCCCUUAACUGUGUGCCCCCCCCUUCCCACUUUAAAUUAAUCAUAACAGGUCUGGAAGAGUCACCUUCUGUGUGGUGGAGAAAAAUCAUGAAUGGAAGUGGUGUGUUUGUGUGCGUGUGUGUGAAUGCAACGGGCGUGGUGCCGUUUCGUUGGAGAGAUAAGCCACAUUUACUCUCUGCAUCUGAUCUACUGUUUGUUCGGUCGCACGUUAGAAAACAUUGCCUUGUCGAAGAGGCAAAAGCACUCUUGGAAUCGUCGCGUCUGUGACCUUCCGCCCCCUCAUCUCUUAGUAGCCCCUACUCUAGGUUGGAAGUAGCGGACUUCUAUUUUUUUUUCCACAUACUCGGUGAGGUACUUCUGUGGGACCCCUUUUCCACAACCGCCAAACUGGGUCUUCUUUGAGUGGGACUGAUAUCUUUCCCGCAGUAAACGUGAAGGGAACGUGGGGACCAAAACUUUCUUUUGGAAGCACGUCAAGGGUUCAGCUCUCACCCCCCCACCCCCACCCCUCUUACGACAUGCGGACCCCACUAGGAAAUCUUGGCAGGAGCAGCUCUUAAUGUUUGAGCAGUAAAGCACUUAUGCAACAUGAUACUAAAACAGCAACUUUAAUACCACAAUAUUAGUUUCCAGCUCAGCCCAUGUGCCCGCUGCCAGUCUCAAUUUUAGCGUAACCAAAUAUUGUGUCACGCAACCAAUUUUAGUCUGCAAAACAAAACCUGUAGCCGGGAGACCUGAUUUUCUUUUACAGCGUUCCGCCCCAGUUUUAUAUCUCACCUUCACUCCCUGCAGCCUAAUCAUCCCAAAACAGCCUUCUUCCAUGUGGGAAUUAUCUCCAUUGUAAUUUUAGUCUGCCAAGGUGGCAUAAAGAGGGCGUUGCUUUUUAAAUACCAUUUAAGACACCUCCACUUUUUCCUCUUUCCUAAUUUUUAUUUUUCUGAUUUUUCUGAUUUUCUGAUUUUUAUUUUUAUUUUUCUGAUUUAAAGUCUAUUGCUCGGUAAAUCAUUUUCAGGUGGUCAGGGGAUGGUUUCACAAUGAUUUCAGUAGCUCUCCCGGCUAACGGGGUAAUGAAAUUUUUGUGGGAACAUCUAAGAAAGUUACUUUAUUUCAGCCUCUGGGUUCGUUUCCAUACAGAGCUUGUUCUGUCUAACCCCUGGGCCAGGUUGAAGGAGUUUGGCAUGAUCUUAAACGUCUCUGGGGUGUUAAUGAUGCUGGACAGGAGAAAUUCAGAUCGUCUCUUAGUCUGCAUGUUUGCAUGGAACGCGGAAAGCUGCAUGUUUGUAUGGAACGCGGAAAGCAGAUCCUAGAUUCCGGUGUAUAAUGGCUGUACCUUUGACUGGAGACCAGCAGUAGCUUGAAGUUGCUGAAAACUUGAGACUAAUUUCACUUCCCACAGUUUGGGCUUACUUCCAUAAGUCCACUAUCGGUUCUGGUCACUUAACACGUUUUGAAUACCCUGGGGCAGUCUGAUAAUCAGAAAUAAAAGCCUGAUGGGAAUAUGUGCCACAAGCAGGGAUCCUUUAUUUCGGACAGCCUUUGAUUGCGGGGGGGGGGGGGGUACCCCCCAGUUCCAGCUUUGGUUCCUCCUUUCUCUGAGUAGAUAGAUGCCCUCUCUUUUUCUCUGUAAUUAGCAAAGUCUUUUGUUUGUCGGAGUUUUUAAGAGUUCUUGCUUUUAGACAUGACGUCUGACUUCCCUUUUUCCAAAACGUUCUUGCAUUGCUAGAAGCUUCGGCGGAGGUGGCCUCUUGAUCGCUUUUAACGUUGUUAAAAUAAGUGGGGUCCUACUAACUGACCUGAGUGACACGUGGUUGUGUGAUUAUUAUACAUGAUUCCAGGGAUCCAGGGUCACGACCAAGUUGCAUCCUCCAAAAUCCGGCUUCUAGGAACAUGAAUAUAUGAGCUGCUGACAGACACCCCCCCCCCGCAUCCCCCAAAUUAAUGUAGCGCCUUCAUUUGGAGCUAACAAGGAUCAAGGGGCAGGGCAGGGGCUUAAAACAGCCAAUGCAUCUUUUAGGGAGGGGCUUGAAACAGCCAAUUCUCCCCACCGUCCCUGACAUCUUACAUACAGAGUGCAUGUUUGCCAGUGUACGUGAAACUUUAAACCUAUGCAAAUGUGUUGCUAGCAGAUUAAAUGUGAGCUCGUGGUUUCCUUGGGCCUUUUUCUUUAGUUGUCCCGUGUAGCGUAUGUGGUAUGUCCAGGAUACUCCUUGUGUAGCCGUCGUUAAGCCUAGUCAGGUGAUCUGGAAAUGACUUCUGCUAGUCUAAGAGAAACGAGGCAGUGCGGUGUGUUAGAUACAAGUUUGGAGGACGGUAGUUUUGAUUACUCUGGAGGUGGGAUAGAUUUGAGGAACACGUAGUAGCCAUUUGUUUGGACUGUCGUUCUUCCUGCUUCUCCCUGACCGUACGCAUUUAUAUUUGGGAGGGGGCAUCUGCAGUUUUUUUGGUUUUGCUACUGCAGUGUCUCUGGCAAUCCUCACCCGUGAAAACAUAAUACAGAAGAAUUGACCGGGACUGUAUUCAGAGGUUGUUUCCAGCGUGGAUCUCUGUCUUCCUUCCUUUCAGUCUUCACAUUGAGAACUGUGGUUAGAAACUAACUCCAGUUUGCUGUGAUGUAGGAAUGCAGCUGUCUGAAUUAAACUCGCGUUAAAGAUCCUGGACGGGCGGGGGAAGAAAACGAAGUCCGUUAGUAAGCCGCCUGCCUUCAUCUGUAUGUUGUGAUUGCUGGAACUUGUUUGUAACUGGGAUUUUUGGAGUGAGGGGGAAGGAGAGAGUCGACGAGCAAGAUUCAUAUGCAGAAUUACACACUGGUUUGUGCCCAUGCAGCGUUAAUGCUGGUUAACAGAUACCUGAACGCCACUGAGAUGUAAUGGCCAAAGGGAAAAUUGCACCGUCUUCAGAAGUAGUUGCUUGUAAAACCAACUCCCAUGUUUGAUUUUCAGCAUGGUGGCUGGCUGGGAAGACAUCACUUGGGAACCAGGUGUAACUUUUAUUCCGUUCUGCACAAGUUCCCCAUUAUUGCCCCCAAAGCAGCAGCCGUAGAAGUAACUGUGGCCCCUUUCUUUCCCAUGACAUGAAAUUCCUCUGCUGCCUGUCCUGCCUCUCUCUGCCACUCUCCAAAGUAAUUUGGUGCAAGAAAUGAGAAGAACAGUGAUGCCUCUUCGAAGGAGUUCAGGAGUCUCGUGUUUGGGAAUGUAGGCCGAACUGUCCGUGGAGACCUGUAUUUACAUAAACACCCUUGUGGCGUUUGGGUGUAGAUUUCUGAUGCCUUGGAGAGCCAUUAUUUUCAGUGUUUCCCAUUUAACUUUGGUUAACACUUCCUGAAAACUGCUUUAGACAUUGGCACUCACAGCAACUGCUAAAAUAUGUUUCUGUGUGAAGUGUCAUUGUGCUAAAACGAGUCUUUAAGGACUUAGGCAAAGACUUUGGUGUGAUCCUACCAACGAGGGGCUCAGUCGAGCUAGCAGUGGUGUGAUGGAAGGGCUGAAGUUAUCAGCAGAAUCUUUCGGAUUGGAUCCUGUGGAUCUAUUCUGCUAAUGUCGACACUUUUCCUCUGGCACAAGGAAACUUCUGAUGCAAGAUGCGGGAGAUCAUCGUAAGCAGAAUGGUGAACUUGGCUUCUGUCCCAGCGGAAAGGGCUUUUGGCCAGUCGUUUCUGUAAUCUACUUCCUGCGACAUGCUGUCAUCCCUAGUUUGUACAGCAGAUAUGCACAGUUGAAGAUGUACCCAAACGGGUUUAAUUAAGGUCUUUUGAGAAAAAAAGAGGCACCGUUAAUAUCGUGGCAGCAGAGAGAGAGAGAUUGGUGGUUCUUCAACGGGAGUAAAGAAUCGAUUGUUUCCCUUAAGGGCUCUAAAGUAAGAAGAAGGACUUGCGAAGGAGCUUUGUAUUUCCAGCCAGCAGGGAGGUCAGAGUUGCAAUACCUCUAAAAUAUUUCGGCAUUAAUAGGGGAAUCCAAAAGGGCUACGUGCUGGAUUGAUGCUACUAUUGUCCCUCGGUUCACCCAACUCGGCUUCCUCCCCUCCUCGCUCUAAGCUGGUUUUCUUUCCAAGGGAAAUAAAACCACUGAAGCCCCGCACUUUUAACAGCCGAGAGGCAGGGAGAUGUUGAGACCGAAAUGAGAUCAGGAAGCUGCUGUACAAAUGAAAGAGGGCGAUGGUCUAGCAGGGGGUGGCUGUUUGGUAUUUGGGGGGGGGGGUCCUUUCUAUCCAGCAAGGCUUUGCACAAGGUUGGAAAUUAUUCUUUUUCCUCUAUAGGUGUUCUCAGUAGAGCAGGGCGGUGUUAAGAAAUUAAUGACUGGGGGUGGCAGAGAUGACCCUCCACACUCCUAGCUGACUUUCUGAAUCUCUCUCUCACUUCGGCACGCUUGUUUCCCCACCCGCACAACCACGCCCCCUUCCUCAAAGCUCCCAAAAUUCCCACGGUGGUUUUCUACCCUUGCUGAAGGCAAUCGUCCUGGCUUUUGAACUGUACCAUUCGAGUCGUGCAGCCUAUUUUUGUUUCCGUGGUUGCGAUGGCCUCUGUGUGUGCGUGUGUGUGUGUCACAUGUCCUUGUGUGUGCGCGUUUGUGCGAGUCAUCGAGGUGUGAACCCAGCGAUUUGCCAAGCUGCAAAAACUUUUAGAUGUUUGCGUUUUCCUCGUUGGGUGUGCGCAGUCUGUGUGUGUGUGUGCGUGUGUGCGUGGGUUGCAUUGCUCAGCUGCUGCCGUUCUGCAUCGUUUCUCCUCUUCCUGCUGCCCCCACACAUAUUUGGGGACUGGGAGGGGGGGGCAGAGCAGGUGUUUUUUUAAAGUUUUGUUUGGUAGCGAUCACUAAAUUCAAGGCAGCCUCUUGUAUUUGUGCAGGUAGUUGGAUGAAGUGAGUUUGGACUCCUCUUACACAGCUGCCUCGGUUUGUUGCUACAAAAGGCGGUUUGCCAGUCCCGUGAAAUCAACCAACCAAGCCCACAUAGCAGCAAUGUUUGGUACAUCCCAUUGUUGACUUAACUGCUGGUUUUUACUAGAUUAUUGUGGCCUCUCAAGUCGCCAGGACCUGAAGCUGUAACAAGAAUCUCAUUUUUGCACUUGUUCUUGUGGGGUGGCGAACGGGUGAGCCCUCAUGUUUAAAAGAAAAAAAAAUUGUUAGUUGUAAAAAAAAACAAAGUAUAAAUGCAUUUGAAAAGCAAUGAUCUAUAUAUAUAUAUAUACAUAGAAAAUAUAUAUAUAUUUUGUUAUGUUACUUAAAGGAUCAUCCUUUUAAAUUGUAAAGUAGCCGUGGCUGUGUGAACUUUGUGGAUUGUUAACACUCAAGUGCUGAGCUCCUGUAUAUACCUACGGUUCAAACAGAAGGAAUUAUUUUAUGUUUUAGGCAUGGUAAUUUAUGUAUUGUAUGUCUGAACAGGAUCUUUAAACAAAAAUAAAGACUGCUAAAUUAUCAGAAGCAAAAGUUGUAAAAUAAAUGUUUUCAAGGCAAAAAAAAA